AUGGUUCGGGGAAAAUUGUACCUGACUCAAAUAAUCAACAGGCGUAACCACUCAGCAGUCAAGUACUGGCAGAGUAGCAGUGUAGAAGACAACUCACUCAUGAUGGAUAUAAAUGAACUGGAAGAGCAGUAUGACUCCAUACGACAGCAGCAAAAAGAACAGACACACGUUGUUUUUAGAACAGGUAAAAGUAAACAUGCAAAUGGAGAAUUCUUCAAGCUCCAAGUCAAAACAGUGUCAGUCAACUGCACAGUACGAAAACCAAAGGCAUUUGAAGAACACCUUCCUGUUAACAGUGUCACGCUUGACUUUCCAAACAAAGAUUAUACCCAGAAAGAUGAAACUCCUUGGCGCAUACAUCUAGAUAUUCAUCGCGUGGUGCAAGGGCAGAAUGUGCGUCAAAUGAGUCACUUGCAGGAAAAGAAGGAUAUAGACGAUCGAAAUCAACAACGAGGUUCAAUGAUCCGAAAUAUUCCACUCAGAAAAGGUGUAACUGAGUCAUAUAACUACAAAAAAGCCAAUGGUGAAGCAACAACACAUGUGGCCUGCAAACCGAAUGAAUUAAAGGCUAUCCGCUCUUUCACCAACCAUAAUCACAACAUACCUAAGAUCAAUAAAAGAUUUUCAUUUCCAAAUGAGAGAUCCAAUAUAUGGGCAAGCAAAAAUGGGCUUCUCACUAAAAUAGCACCAACUGCCACAAAAGGGGAUUAUUAUCCAUUCCCUCAGAUGAAAACACCAAGGAAGUCCGACACUGCCAAAAGCCUUGGCUUAUAUGCCAAGUAUUAAGAUAUCUCCACCAAAACAGUAAUCGUGAAUGCCCCAAAAAAAAAAUUAUUUUUCCGUAGAAAUGCAACUACAAAUGGAAGCAACAGCUACUCCAUUUUGAGAAUUUUAGCUUUCUGCUUCUGUUUCUUUGAAAACCUGUGUUGGAGGAAUCUUUUUAAAAGAAAAUAGCUCCUUAAGAAAGUCUGCUGAAGAGACUAAUGCAAUUCGGUGGUGCAAUGAUACAAUAUCAAGUGGUAACAAUGCAGGUUUACCCUGGGUGAUCAAACACCUUAUAAAUCAGAUGUGCAUUGUAAUGAAUAUUAAGCAUUUUGAUCUAUUCCUCGACUAAGUGGGGUCACUAGUUUUUAAAGAGUUGUUACAAUCAUAUGUGUAAAUGAUAUAAUGUUGUAAACAUAUUAAGUGUGUUGUGUUUUGUGAAAACACAUCAACUCUAUUGUAUUCCUUUACACUGCCUUGCUAUUUAUAAACUGCCUUGCUUUAGUGUAGUUUGCAGGGAAAUAAUUAAGCUUCUUCAUUUUCCACCCUACUGAGAUAAAGCAUUAUGCUGCUGUAAAACACACUAUCCAAUGAAAUGACAACAGAAAAUGCUGGGAGAACUCAGCAGAGCCCUCUCAAGAGCUCGAAACGUUAAUGCUGUUUCUCUCUCCACGGAUGCUGCCAGACCUGCUGUGUUUUUCCAACGUUUUCUGUUUUAUUUCAGAUUUCCAGCUUUUAUACUAACCAAUGAUCUGGUCAAAAGCCAGUGAAACAUACCCAUCAAGGCUAGGCCAGUUCAAAUCAUAUUUGAAGCUUGAAUUAAACCUUACAGGCUUUAAUAUUUUGCCAUGAGUUACUAGCAUAUAUGAACCUCUGCUAUUUUAGCAGAGGUCUUGCCUUGUUUAAAAUAAACAGAUUAACGCCUCAGUUAAAAUCGUGAAUGAAGGAGUCCCGUACAAAAGCAUUAAGCAGGAGUAUUAUGUUUCCUGCACAUGAGAUGAGCACCCGAGGCCCUAUUUUGUCUGCUCAGGUAAAUGUGAAAUAUCCCACUAUUAGAAAAAGAGUAAGAGGUUCUUUCAGGUUCCUGGCCAAAACAUAUCUCAUAAUCAGUAACAGUAAAAAAAAAAAAUUGCUGUUUGAAGGAACAGAUUAGUUAGAGCACUGACAGAGGCCAUUCAGCCCAUUGUGUCUACGCCAGCUCUCUGAAUAAGGCACCUACUGCCAUUCCCCUGCCUUCUCUCCAUAACGCUGUACAUUCUUCCUUUUCAGAUAAUAAUCCAUUUCUUUUUGAAUGCCUCAAUAAACCUGCCUCAUCACAUUCUUAGGUAGCACACUCCAGUUCUUAUGCACUGCUGCAUGUAAAGUUUCUCCUCAUGCCUCUAUUGCUUCUUUUGCUAAUUACCUUAAAUGUGACCUGUUGUUCUCGAUCUUUCCACCAAUAGGAACGGUAUUCUCCCUAACUCCUCUGUCCAGAUCUCUCAUGAUUUUGAAUACCUCUAUCAAAGCUCCUCUCAACCUUCUUUUCUCCUAGGAAAACAGUCUCAACUUUGCCAAUCUAUGUAACAGAAGUUCCUCAUCCCCAGCAACAUUCAUGUGAAUCUUUUCUGCACUCUCUCCAAUGUCUUCAGAUCUUUCCUCAAGUGUGGCACUCAGAACUGGACGGAAUGCUCCAGUUAAGGCUGAUCCAGUAUUUUGUACAAGUUUAACAUAACCUCCUUGUACUCUAUGCCCCUAUUAAUAAAGCCUAGGAUACU